CUUGUCCUCGACCUGCCUGCUCACUGCGUAAAUCACGUAAAGCCCUGUUCUCUAGAUAUUGUCGUGAACUUGGUAGGGAUGAGCCGGUCACAAGACCUCAAAUGAACCAAGAGUCGUUCGUGUGUAGAAUGCCGUAACAUCAUUAGCUAGACUCUAUAAGUGCAAUGGAAGUGGAACGAGACAAAAAUAAGACAUUGGCCGCUCGAGCAAACAUAAAUAAGCCAAUUGGUGCACCUGCAUCACGCCUCAAAGUUCUGCAGUCUUGACGACACCGACGCUGUCACCGAAAGGCUCGAAUGAGAUACCCACCUUUCUGCUUUCUCUGGUUCACUUGGGUUCUUUCUUUCUAUUCACGGACAACGGCCACUAGCAUAUACACGGAUCUUGAUAGUACGACUUCCUAUUCAACAAUGGCUUCGAAUCCUAUCAAUUCCCCGGCGAAAGCCACAGACAAACACAAGCCAUCAGGCUGGCCUGGAGCUCACCCAUUAGAAGUGGAUGGGUAUCCUGUUGCGCCUCCCGAUCUUCAACUAGAACAAGUGCAUAUCUAUAUUCGACAUGGUGAACGAACGCCAGUGGGAGUUCGAAUGUCUGCCCCGCCCGCUUCGAUACCUGAACACUGGUCAUUAUGCAACACGGCCAGACGGUUCCGGGCAGUGGUGGCAGGUUUGCCGCAUGAUGACAUGCAGUUACCUAUCAGGAAGGUAGUGGAACGACCAAAUGGGAAGGUAAAGGAGGGAGAAUGUUUAUUGGGCGAGUUAACAGACCUCGGUCGACAGACAACAUACGACUUUGGCAAUGCUUUGAGACGACUAUACGUUGACCGUUUGGGGUUCCUCCCAGAUACAGUUCAUAGUAACGCUGAAGUCUACUUUCGUACCACGAAUAUGCCUCGGACUACGGAAUCUAUGCAACAGAUUAUCCAUGGACUAUACCCUGUAGAAAAAUCUGCAGAAGGAUUUGUCCCUCGCAUACGAAUACGUAACGGCAAGGACGAAAACCUCUUUGGCAAUACGCUUGCAUGUAAGCGACUGGAGAUUCUCCAGAUCGGAUUCGCACAAGCUGCCGCUGCGGCAUGGAAUAGCACGUUGGAACCUUUAGAUAAAAGGGUGUCAAAGUACCUUGGAGGCAAUCCUAUACGUUUGGACGGCAAGCCAAGGGCAUCUGGGGUUCUUGACACGGUGCGAGCUGCAAUUGCACAUGGCAUUUCAGUACCGCCAGAAUUCAGAGAGAAAGGUGUCGUCGACGUGAUUGAGAAAGCUGUCGUUCAAGAAUGGUUCGCAGAUAAGACGGAAGAAGUCAGAAGACUCGGAAUGGGUCGUCUUCUCUCUGAUCUCUCAGCCAAAAUGGCUUCCAAAGUUGAAAAAGGUGACCAGGACCCUAUGAAGAUCCUCAUUCAUAGUACGCAUGAUACUGCACUGGCGGGUCUUUGCAGUACCCUCGAUGUUUAUGACGAAAAGUGGCCAGCGUUCUCAGCAUCGAUCACAUUUGAACUCUUCCGUAAACGAGACGCGAACGAUCUAAACCCGCCUUCGACCUGGCAAACAGUCUUAUCACCUUUCAAGCGGCACCAUCCCUCAGAGCAUUUCGUACGCAUGCGAUACCAGAACAGGAAUCUGGUCCUCCCCAUCUGUUCGGAAGAAGGAAAACAUUUGCCUGGGUCGCCAGAAUUUUGCACUCUGACUGCGUUUCGUGAUAGAGUUCGGGAACUUACACCAGUAGAUUGGGAUUUAGAGUGUUCACCUGCUGGACGGACAUGAUUUCUUUGUUCAUUUGUUGCGCAGGUAUACUUCGGUAGUGAUGCGGUCAUGGAAAAACGCAGGCUCGUUAGUACGACCUUUGAAGUCUUUGAGGCUCAAAGUAUUUAAUAUGUUCACUCAUCGAAGUGGGGAUAAUCACACAUACGCUCACUUAGCCA